CGGGGAAGGCGGGCGAGUAGCGCGACAUAAAUGAGCGCGCCGGUCCGCGGAGUGAUACGCGCUGGCACGCUCGCCGCGUUUCCCGCCAAAGGUAGCCAUUCCGUGAAUCAAGCGGAGCCGCCUUUGUAAAUAGCGGCGGUGGAUUUUUGGAUUUUGCGUCGGAGAUCAGCUCGAUUGCACCUGUUUUGCGGAUACGGCCGUUCGGGUGAUGGCGUUGUACCAUCGGAGCAGCGAAAAACGACGGAUACUGAACGACUUUCGCCGGCAAGAAGAAGAAGUGAUCGGCAGCCUGGUCAGUCGACUGAGCAACCGUCCGACGAGCCCCAAGACCCAGAUGGAGCAAGAGAAGCGGAUCCGGCGCGAGAUCGCCAACAGCAACGAGCGACGGCGGAUGCAGAGCAUCAACGCCGGCUUCCAGUCUUUACGCACGCUUCUGCCGCAUCACGACGGCGAGAAGCUCUCCAAGGCGGCCAUCUUGCAACACACGGCCGAGUACAUCUACCAGCUUGAGCAGGAGAAGACACGUCUGCUGUCCCAGAACAGCCAACUCAAGCGAUUGGUCAGCUCCCAGAUGAGCCAGGACAGCGACGGCUCCUCGUCGGACUCUCCGCUUCCCAAACGCAAGAAGGGAGACAACGUGAACGACGAAGGCAUCGCGGGCAUGAGCUUGCAGGAGGCGGAGUGCAAGGAGGACGCCUCCGCGCGAGAGGCGAUGGAGCUGCGGAUGCAGUUCGACCGCGAGCGGCAGCUGCGCCUCAUCCUCGAGGAGCAGGUGCGGAGCUUCGAGGCACAGCUGUACCCGGACAGACCCAGGGACCCCGCCUCACACCACAAGGUCAAGGCAGAGCCCCAGGAGGGAUGCGAAGCAGCCAAGCUGUCGGCGUCGCUAACGAGCCCCGAGAACACCCUCUGUGCCCCGGCUGACCACCUCCCGCCGCCCUCUCCACACUUUUCGCCGCCGCACCACCUCCCCGAAGGCACCGGCAGCCCACCGCGCCCACCACCGGCACACCCGGCGCCCGAACUCCCGCCAGCCGCCAGCCCGGCGCCCGACCUCCCCCAGGACUUGAGCACGCACUCUACGCUCGUGUCCGCCACGCCGCCAGCGCCGCCGCCACCCGUGACGGUGCCCGCGUCCAAGGAGGAAGGCCGGUCAGCGUGCGCAUCCCCGUACCAUGCGAGCACCUCGCGGCAGAACCUCGAGACGAUCGUGGAGGCGAUCCGACACCUCGAAGGCGACCACCUGUUCCGCGACGACGAGCCGUCGCUCCCCUCGCGGUGCGCCGUGGCGUCUGAAGACGGCGGCAGCAUCCUGCGGAGCAGCCUGAAUGUUGUGGUGAUGCACGAGCCGUCGGCCACGGCGAUGCGUCAGCAGGUGAUCACUCAAUGCGGGCUGACCCUGCAGCAACAGACGCGCCGGCCGGGCGUCAUUGUGGCGAACCACUCUUAACGUUCGGCGCGAAUCUCCGACCGGGGGUUUGCGGGGAGGACGGGGUCCUUCUUGUCGUUCGCUCCUGCGCGCUGACCGACCGACGAGCGGGCCGACACGAGACGCUAGACGACGGUACAGACACGCACACACACACUCGCGGAAACCAGUAGACGGAACCAAUGAGGAGAAUCGACGCGACUGGCGGCGCUCGGCGGUGGGUUGAAUGCGCGUUACCUCGUGCAACCUCGCUUUGCGAACGGCGUUGGCGGCAGAAUCCGCACCCGCCGCUCUUAAGGCGAGUUCCGUUGCGACGUCUCGCUUCCGCAGCUUGUUACGACUUCUCGAUGCAAACGGCGAAGUCGGGCAGCUGUCGGCGGAGUGUCAGCGUCAUCCCGUCGCCGAGCACUUUCGUGCGGAUGUGAGAGGUUCCGAGAAUGUCGUUCCAGCAUUGGACGUAGAAGGAGGCCAAAAUGCAAACACGGACAAAAUGAACAGGGGGGUGGUGGUUUCUCCGCGUCGACAUUAUUCCGUUUGCAGUGAAUGUCGUUUCUCCCACCUUAUCUUUUUUUUCUCGUAUCUUUUAACUGUGUUCCAGUGGGGUUUUGGUUCGAUAUGAGCAAGGAAGCUCAUCGACUUGGCGGUGUUCCUCCCUUCUUGUUUGUGUUCUCGUUUAACGAUCCUAGGAUAUCGCGACUAGCUGCAGUCGACGUUGCCCUCGGUUAUUCAGGGCCUUCCGACGGCGUUUGCUAACGGCAUGCCCGCAGGCCGGAAUGUCGGGUUGCCUCUCCGGCUCGUAACAGCAUCGUGACACCUGUAAAAAAAAAAAAAAAAAUGUUUCGCGGGCUUGGACGUAAGGCUGGCAAUAGAGGGUUGGAGACAGCCUUGUACAUACGUGGACCCCGAUUCCUUCCUCUCGUUUCAAACAUUGUUUCGUUGCCAGCCGCCGAGACCGUUUUUUCUUCGUGGCAUUUGGCGGCCGCAGUUGUCGGUGUCGUUCUCCUCGAUUGCUUGAGUCGUCGUUUUUCUUCUCUACUUCUGCGUUUUUCCCAAGGACUGAUAAAAUGGGCAAUGGCUCUAGAUCGGUGCGCAAGCUCGUGAAUAAGAUCGGAGGACGGUUAGGACGGCAGAGGUGCAGCGGAAAGGGGGAUCUCUCCUUCCGGCUAGACUGUGUAAUAUACGGGUGGGGUUAGACGGAUCUUUGGGGGCUGUACAGUGUAAGAAAUCGUGCAAAUCCAGUGCAAUGGUCUUGGAUGGCUUCAUCUUCACACAGAGAAAGAGGGCAUUAAGUGUUUUUUCAUACAGAACAGUUUUACGGUACGCAGAGCUCUAUGUGUUUACGCUGCACCUAUAUAUACACACAAAGCAUUGUAAGCUUCGAAGGCGAAAAAGAAAACGGCUUCAAAACUCAUUGUCUUCAUAGUGAUAAGGAAAUCCUUCCCCGUGCCCCACCCUCCCCCCCCCCACCAACCUGUACCAUAAUGAUUUCGCCGGCGUUUAUUUCUCGUGUGUGUCGUGAAGUGUUUCUACGUGUUUUUUGGCCGUGCAGAGUUGAGAAGACGCAAGUGUAUGUUCAAAUUUUUUUUGGGGGGGCACUCUGUGGGGUCAGCACUGUAUAGGUCAUGCAUAGCCAGUUUUCAACACCGUUUCGUUUGUUUGUGCCUGUCAGUCCCUUACUUAAGAUGGCUUCUGUUACUCGAGGCAACGGAAAGAUUUGUGUUCUCGUGCGUUCCGUCUCCUCUCUUCCACUAUUUAAGACGCUUCUCCCUGCCCUUCCCCUUCUCUGAUCUGCUUUUGUGUUCCCCUUGUCAGAAUCUCAGCGACUCUUGCGCAUGACCGUUCACCGCCCCCACCCCGAGCAUCCCGAGACGAAAUUCCCCAUUCUGGUGCAUUUGGUGCACACAUUCGCUCACUCACACGCAUACAUACAACUCAUUCACCCACAAAUAAAGAAAGUGUAAGAAGUAACGACGAGAGAGAUGGAGAGGAAGUCCGCACAUUUUACGGGUAAUAGCUUUCAGUUUGUUUGUUCGUUUGCUAGGCGAAUCUUUUUUUUUUUUUUCCCCGAGUUAUUUUUGUUGCUGCAAAUGUCCGUCAAGAAUGCGAACGCGUUGCUGCCGCGGCCGUCGCAUCUCCGAGCGUGCAAAAGCUGCGAGCGUGUUGGCGUGUUGUGUUCCUACAAUUGUUUCGUACGAAAUCCUGUUUCCCCGCAGACACCUUGUAGCUGUCUUAGUCCCGGAGCGUGGCGCAGCGAGACCGCCAAAUGCGGCUUGCCCGCCUUCGCCGUUUCUGACGCCAGUCUCCGGUCAGAAUCCGUUCACACUGCCCGCGUUGGCUGCGAGUUUCGGUUUGUGUUGUGUCGUUCCUUUACCUCUUCCCACUCGGUCGGAUUGCGUUUCUCUUUGCGGAUCAAAGCGGCGAGGGUCGAAAGUGGCACAUUUUUUUUCUCGCCAGAACAUUCACUCAUUCAUGUCACACGCAUUGUUGGAGACGGAAACAUCGACGACGACUACCGUUACACCAUCCUAAUUUAUAUUUCAUGUCCACGAGGGAAAGUGAACGAAUGAAAGAAGAAAGAAAAAAAAAGGUGUAGAAAGAGAGAGCCCACCAUCGUCACCUUCAUUAGGGCGUAGUUUUUGUGUAGUUCCUUUCUUCACGGCCGGGAUGUGUUGCACCGAUCCCUCGGCAAGAGCGGGCACACGAGCGAGUGCCAUUCCGUUUGCACGUGCUGUGACAUUUGGGGAGCAUCCAGGUUGAUGACGAGGGAGUUUUUUUACCUUGAGAGAAAGCUGGGAGGCGUCUUUUUUACUCCUGCAAGCACUUCUGUUUAGUAUCAAGUCAGGUUAAAAAAAAAAAAAAAGCCAAUCGUAGCCACGGCACUACACACACACACUUACAUCAGGAAAAAAGUGUCUGUCGUCAUUUCUCCCUCCCCUGCCUUUGCAUUGUGCAUUUUUUUUUUCUUUUUGUGGUCAUGGUUUGUAAAUUCAUAGUUGGUACGCAUCAAUUCACAAGUCGGUGCUGUUGUGCUGUUUCCGAGAGAAGGCAAGAUGAAAGAGAGAGUAGCAUUUGUACAUAGAUUCAUCCAGUUUAUUCAAUUUUUUUUUUUUUAUUUGCAUGUUGCAUUUGUUGAUUCCCCCCCCCCCCCUCCUCCCAUAGUCCUGCUCCGCACCUUGUGUUUCUGCGUCUCAUGUGCGCGUCAGUGGACUGCAGUUGUAUUUUGUUUUUACUACAUGGUUUUUCCUGCAGGCAAAAGUCAUCUGCAAAGUUUUUCUUUUUUUUUUUGGUAUGAAGACAGUGCAUAAUAUUGACAAUAGUCUUAUUUUAGGCUGUUGCACCUCCGAAAAAGAAUUAUCAACCAUUCUCCGAGAUGUUUCAGUUUUUUUUUUUUUCUUCUUAUCUUUAUGCGUUUUCACCUUUAAAAAAAUUAAACCCAGAACAUGUGGUGUAUAUCAAAGAACACCUUUUUAAAUUGUCAAAGCCAAUUAGCAUUGUUUUUUUUUUUUAUUUUAUUUUCCUUCAAUGUUUAUGCCACAGCCUGGCAGAACUUUGUGGUUCUUUGAGAAAAACAAGCCUUGUGUUCAGCUUCGUUGAGUUUGUCUAAAAUUCUUGGGCUUUGGCCGACCCUGUAUCUCGUCUCCAAGUGUUGUUCCUAGCUUUUUGUGUAAUAAAUGUUUGUCAAGUACUUCUCAA